UUGUUGAUAGAAAAUUAGUUGAAAGAAAAUUUUCAUCAAAGAAUUAUUUUGUGUGUAAAAUUCACUCGGUUAAGAUCAAUUUUCAUUAAAGCUUUCGGAAAACAAUCUAAUCAGCAAAGAUGACUACAUAUUUCAAUGAAUACCCACAAGAAUUGAAAGACGAAUUGGCCCGUAUUGCCAAUGCCAUCGUCGCUCCAGGCAAAGGUAUUUUGGCUGCUGAUGAGUCAACUGCAACAUGCGGAAAGCGUUUUGCUGAUAUCGGAGUUGAAAACAGCGAAGAAAAUCGUCGUGCAUAUCGUGAAUUGCUUUUCACCACAGACAAUGCUCUCGCAACCAACGUAUCCGGUGUCAUUCUUUUCCACGAAACUGUCUACCAAAAGGCUGCUGAUGGAACUCCAUUCAUCGAAGUCUUGAAGAAGAAGGGAAUUAUUCCCGGAAUUAAGGUUGACAGCGGUGUUGUUGACUUGAUGGCUUCCGAAGGCGAAUGCACAACUCAAGGUCUUGACAACUUGGCCCAACGUUGCGCUCAAUACAAGAAAGACGGAUGUGACUUCGCUAAGUGGCGUUGCGUCUUGAAGAUCGGCAAGAACACCCCAAGCUACCAAGCUAUUUUGGAAAAUGCCAAUGUUUUGGCCCGUUAUGCCUCAAUCUGUCAAUCACAACGUAUUGUUCCAAUUGUUGAACCAGAAAUCUUACCUGAUGGUGAUCAUGAUCUUGAUCGUUGCCAGAAAGUCACAGAAGUCGUCUUAGCUGCUGUCUACAAAGCACUUAGCGACCACCAUGUCUACUUGGAAGGUACAUUGUUGAAGCCAAACAUGUGCACAGCUGGUAUGCAAUACAAGGGAACAAGACCCACAGCUGAACAAAUUGCUUUGGCAACAGUCACAGCUUUACGUCGUACUGUCCCAGCUGCCGUUCCCGGUGUUACAUUCUUGUCCGGUGGUCAAUCAGAAGAAGAAGCUUCAGUCAAUUUGAAUGCCAUCAAUAACGUUCCAAAGAGACCAUGGGCAUUGACAUUCUCAUACGGUCGUGCAUUGCAAGCAUCUGUGUUGAGAGCAUGGCAAGGAAAGAAAGAAAACGUUAAGGCUGGCCAAGACGAACUCCUUAAGCGCGCUCGGGCUAAUGGUUUGGCUUCAGUCGGUAAAUACGCAGCUGGCAGUGUUGUAGGAGCUGGAGCUGAUGCAACACUCUUCGUUGCCAACCACGCUUACUAAAUAGCUAGUGAGAGUGUCAAAUGCAGCAACAACUACAUUUAAUAUAAGAAUCAUUAAUGUGUAGAGUAAAAUGUUGCCCCAAAAAAAAAAUUAUUAAUAUUAAAAAUGAAAGUAAAUUAAAUAUUUAUUCUCGCGUAUCCAUUAAAAAAAAUCUUCUUUCUCACUUGUUUUUUUGUGCGCGAUAAAUGCGCAACGUUAAAAAUAUGAUAAAACAAAUUUUUAGUGCUGUAUAAGCUAAUGGAAGUUGAUCUUUGUGAAUUUAUAUGUUUACAUGCAUGAAAUAAGCCAUCAUUACACGUACACACAAACACACAUAAAUUAAAUAAAAAUGGCAUAUAUAUGUAAUAUGAAGAAGAUAGGAUAUAUGUAAAGUAUAUCCAUUAUUCUAAUUCAUAAUAUGGAAAAUAGCUGAUAAUAAUUAUAAUAAAAAUAACAAUGAUUUGUAGAGCUGAAAUGUAGGAGAUAAACAAAAUCAACAUCAGCACAUAUGAGACAUAUUCAGAUCUAUAGUUCAUGUAUUUUCAAUAAAUUUGAAUCUAGAAGAGCAAGCUGAGGAUGAUUUUGCUGAAAUGGAGGUUUUUAUGAAUUUUUUGUCUAGACUUGGUACACAAUUUGUGGUUAUGUUCUUAUUUUGGAGGUCUUACAUCACAUCGUUCUAGGUUCCAUCUUAGAUUUGACUCAGAAUCUCAAACAUAACCUCAAAAACCUAUCCCAACCCUAGAUCC